CGUUUAGUGUCAUCUUCUCCUCCAACUUUCAACCAAAUAUACCAUUCCAACUUUUUCUUUCCCAAAAUAGAGCAUUAACUGACCGGAUUAGAAACCAAAGCCUUAACUUUUUCUGAAAAAGAUUAGGUUAAGGUUUUGAUUUCAUUUUUUCAACUCUCAAACAAACAACACUGUUCAAUUUGUAAUUUUUCUAGGCCUUUUUUUCCGGAGGCAUUAAAAUGGCGAUGGGUCGGGAUCACGAGCUUGAAGAAGGGGUAACAGUGGAGGAAGAAUUUGGAUCAAGUUGCCAAACAAGCCCACAAGAUAAACAAGAAUUGGUUCGCGAACUUAUCGGUGUUAUUCAUACCGUUGGAUCUUAUGAAGAGUAUAGGAGAUCACAAAGAGAGGAAUGUCAUAAACUUGUUGAAAGAUUAAAGCUUUUGUUACCUCUUUUCGAUGAAAUUAGAGAUUUCGAAGGACAAAUCCCCGAAUCAGGCAUCGAAUGUUUGAUGAAAUUGAAAAAAGCAUUUUCUUCUGCCAAGAAAUUGUUAAAAACUUGCCAUUGUGGUAGCAAAAUUUACUUGGCCAUAGAAAGUGAGGCAGUACUGGGAAGAUUCCAUUCUGUGUAUGAAAGAUUAAGUCAGGCUCUGGAAGGCAUACCUUAUGAUGAAUUAGGAAUUUCAGAUGAAGAGAAAGAACAGGUGGAGUUACUGAGAGUGCAAUUUAGAAGAGCUGUAAGGCGAAAUGAUAGUCAAGACAUGGAACUCGCCAUGGAUCUGAUGGUUGCACUGUCCACAAAUAAUGAUAGGAAUGCAGAUAGUGCUAGCAUAGACAGACUAGGACACAAGCUAGGUUUGUGUACUAUUGACGACCUAAAGGUAGAAACAAUAUCAGUAAAAGAAAAGGUAGCCAUGCGGAAGAGACGCAAAAAAUUGUGGGUCUUCUACAAAUUCAGACGGUUUGCAGGGCUCGAAGAAACUGAACUAUUGAUGCCUAAAGCUCACGAGAAAUCCACUUCGUUGGCAAUUCCAAAUGAAUUUCUCUGUCCAAUCACGUUAGAGAUUAUGACGGAUCCCGUUACUGUCUCAACCGGGCAGACAUAUGAAAAAGAGAACAUAAAACAGUUGCUGGAUUCCAAUUGCCAAACAUGUCCAAAAACCGGGAAAAUUUUGGAGCACUUGUUAUUGGCCCCGAACUUUGUUCUGAAGAAUUUGAUCCAACAAUGGUGUGAGAAGAACAAUUUUCAACUUCCUAUAAAGCAGGCACCUCCAAAACCCGAGAGCCCCUCUGUUGAAAUUGAUGGACAUUUUUUGUCCCUGAUUCAAGAUUUAUCCUCUAAUCAGUUAGAAGUGCAGAGAAAGGCUGUGAAAGCGAUCAGGAUGCUUUCAAAAGAAAAUCCAGAAAAUAGGACAUUAAUAGUAAAUCAUGGAGGAAUCCCACCGCUUGUGCAACUACUAUCCUAUCCAGAUUCAAGAAUUCAGGAACAUGCUGUGACGGCACUUUUGAACUUAUCGAUUGACGAAACAAAUAAAAAGCUUAUAUCUAAAGAAGAACCUAUUCCAGCCAUAAUUGAGAUACUACAGAAUGGAAAUAUUGGUGCAAAAGAGAACUCUGCAGCUGCAUUGUUUAGCUUAUCUAUGCUGGAUGAAAAUAAAGAAGCUAUAGGUUCAUUAAAUGGCAUAGCACCGUUAAUAGAUUUGUUAAGUAAUGGGACUAUCAGAGGUAAGAAGGAUGCAAUAACUGCACUCUUCAAUCUGUGUUUUAGUGAUCAGAACGUGCAUUUGGCAACUGAAGCUGGGAUGAUAGCACCGUUGUUUCAAUUACUGGAGAAGAAAAACUUAGAGAUGAUUGACGAGGCCCUGUCUAUAUUGUUACUACUUGCAGCACAUCCAGAUGGAAGACAAGAAAUGGGAAAACUUUCUUUCAUUGAAACACUUGUUAAUCUGAUCAGAGAUGGCACUCCAAAGAACAAGGAAUGUUCAGUGGCAGUGCUUCAUAAGUUAAGCACGCACAAUUCAAAUCUUAUGCUCGCGGCGCUUCAGUAUGGUGUGUAUGAGCAUUUAGUAGAGAUUUCUGACAAUGGGACUGAAAGGGGCCAAAGAAAAGCUAAAUCGAUACUGCAGCUUAUGAGUAAAACAGAGCAGAUUCCUUGACAAUAAUGCAAGUCAAAAUGUAUCUAUAAGUUGCAAUCAUGUAAUUUACCAAUGCACAUACUAGUGAUUAGGUGAACUUGCGUACUUUUGUAAGAGUUCAACUUCUUUUUUUCCCUUCUUGGGUAGUUUAGGAUAGUGAAUUCUGUUUAGUUUGUGUUAAUACAUUAUUCUUUAAAACAAUGAAACAACAGAAUGGUUAAUGAAUAGAAAGCAGUAAGUUGUUAGGCAGGUGUCUUAGCUUGUAUUCACAUUGUUAUGGAGAAUGGCGUAAGAAUAGAAAGCAGA